AAAGCAAUGAAUGGUACGCAACCUCGCCAAGAACACGCACACCACGGCGGCCUUGGAUCCACCAGAGAUCGCUUCCUACGCAUCCACUCUCCGGCAAUGCAAUCGCUCGCGAAAUCUGGCCCUGGGAAGGACAAUCCACAAGAAACUCCGAGAGCUCGGGCUGGAUCGGGUCACGAAUCUCAGCAAUCUCCUCAUCCAGAUGUAUGGGAGCUGCCACUGCGUCGCGGAGGCGUCCCGGGUCUUCGCCACGAUCAAGGAGCCCAACGAUUUCUCCUGGAACGUGAUGCUCACAGCGUAUGCCCGAAAUGGGCAUCUUGCGGAGGCGCGGCGGUGCUUCGAUCGAAUGCCGCGCGCGUGGAGAGGAGUCUUCACCUUCAACACCCUCAUGCUGGCCUACGCGCGGAAGGGAGACCUCCGCGAGGCGAGAGAUCUCUUCGAUCGCAUGCUCUCUCGCAACACAUUCUCGUGGAACGCGAUGAUCUCCUCCUACGCACGCGGCGGCAAUCCUCGCGAGGCGCUGGAGCUCUGGAGAGCGAUGGACAUCGACCCCAAUAGCAUCACGCUCGCCAGUGCGCUCCACGCUUGCUGCGAGCUCGCCGAUCUGGACGAGGGCAGGAAGAUCCACGCGAGGAUCAAACACUCGGGGCUGGAGUCCAACAUCAUCCUGGCCACCGCGCUCGUCAAUCUCUACGGGCGAUGCGGCCGCGUGAUGGACGCCCAGGAGAUCUUCCACUCCAUGGCCGAUUCACAGGACGUGGUCCUGUGGACCGCGAUGCAAAUGGCGCUGGCGCGCAACGGCCGAUUGAUCCAGGCCAGCGCCCUCUUCGAUCGGAUGCCGCGCCGGGACGUGGUCUCCUGGACGAACAUGCUGGUGGCGCACGCCAGCGAUGGCGAUCUGGGCCGCGCGGCUCGUAUCUUCGGGGCGAUGCCCGAGAGGAGCUCCGUGACCUGGACUGCGAUGAUCACGGCCUACGCCCAGAACGGCCGCCCGCGCGCCGCGAUCCACCUCUUCCUCGCCAUGGAUUGCGAGGGCUUCCCGGCCAACAGCGUCACAUUCGUCACGAUCUUCGACGCUUGCUCCAGCGUCGCGGACAUCGCUCUAGGCCGGAGGCUCCACGCGGAGCUCCUGGAUCUGGGCGCCGGGCAGCCGCCCCAGAUCGAUGUCUCGCUCGGCACCGCGAUCGUCAACAUGUAUGGCAAGUGCGGCAGUCUCUCGGAAGCGCGAUCGUUCUUCGAUUCCAUGCCGGAUCGCAAUGCCUGGUCCUGGAACUCCAUGCUCGCAGCGUAUGCUCAGAGAGGGCAAACGCUAGCUGCCUUGGAUCUCUUCAAGCUUCUCAAUCUCCACGGCCAAGAUCCCGACGAGGUCUCCUUCCUCGCGCUCUUCUCUGCGUGUAGCCACGCGGGGCUCCUCCGCGAUGGCCACUGCUACUUCGUGUCGAUCACGCACGACUAUGGGCAGCGCCUGACGAUCGAUCACUACGUCUGCAUGAUCGAUCUCCUGUGCCGCGCUGGGCGGCUCGCUCACGCGGAAGAGCUCCUCCACGCCAUGCCCUUCUCGCCCAGCUCCACCGCCUGGACGGCGCUGCUCAAUGGGUGUGAGAUGCAUCGCGAUGUGGAGCGAGCGCGGGGGAUUCCUGGGCGAGCGCUGGGUGACGAUCACGGCCCCUAUGUCUUGCUCUCCAAUACGAUGCUCGUGUCAUAGAUCAUCGCUAGAGGCACAGAU